AAAAGUUUAUAAAUAUUAAAAAUUAUGAUUUUUAUUUUCAAGAAUUUUCAAAGGAAUAAUUAUUUUAAUAUAAGUUUUAAAUAAAUAAUAAUUUAUUAUAUACGUGAUUGUUAUAUAAAAGUAAUACAUAAAUAUACAGAGUGUUAAUAUAUUCGUGAGACUUAAAGAGUUUGUAAUUAUUUUUUAUAAUUUUUGAAAUAGAUAAGUAUGUAUAUAGUAACACUUUUCUUUAUUGUUUGUGUAUUUUUCAUUAUCUAAAUUGCUAAUAACUUAUUUAUAAAUAGAUUAGUAUAUAUGUGUGUGUAAACAUACAUUAAAUGCUGCUUUUCUUAUACGAUCAAAUGUUUAUUACAUGUCAAUAUAAUGCAUUAAUAGUGUACUAUUUUUUAGUGUAAUAUUUUUAAAUUUUUAAAUUCAAACAAAAAUAAAAGAAAAUGAAACAAUUUUAUUUUGUUAUUAGAGUUAAAUUAGUUAAAAAUGGAUGUUGUUAAGAAAAAAAAAACUAUACAAAAAAUCGAAAAGAAUACCAAUAAUAAUAGUGAACCAGAAAGUAGCAGUAAUGAAUUAAAAUUAAAUACAAAGUGGAAUAUUAAAGAUAAAAAAAUAUUGUUAGAAGCAUUACAAAAAUAUGGAUCUGAAAAUAUUGACGCUAUAUCAAAAAUGUUACCAAAUAUAUCUUUAGAAGAUAUUAAAUCGACAAUUUCUAAAUAUUCUGAAAUAGCAAAAAAUCUGUAUGAAGAAGAAUUAUUAAACAAAUGGCUAAAAUGUGGAUUGUAUCAACCUGAGGACAGUCUCAUACCAGAAGCAUUAUUAUUUAUACAAUUAUUUGAAAAUCAUCCAUCUCCUUCUGAAUUAGAAGGUUAUGAUAUCAGAUCAAUAUAUAAUUUCCUUUAUCGCUCAUGUUUUGAACAAUCAUCAUAUUUUGAUUUAUCACCAAAAGAUAGAGAUUUGUUAUGUUUUUUAAUAUCAAAAAUAGAACAAAAGAUAUGGCCAAAAUGUAAAACAGAUAUUUGGGAAUAUGUUGGCAAAGUUUAUAAUAGAAGAAAUAUAAAAAAAGUAUAUCCAGGGAAAAAAGGACAUUUAUUGUAAUAUUGUAGUUAUAAUUUUUUAUACAUUUAUGUUUAAUAAUAAUUCAAUAAAUAUUAUAACAUAUUUAAAA